AUGUUGACCAAGCUGCUCUUUGCGCUACUCGUGACCUCCACCCUUCAUCUCUUGGUACAAGCCGCGCCGUGGGGUGUUAGAUACUCCUUUUUCAAGCGCGGCAAGUUUGACGCGUUUGGAUGGACACUCCCGAACGAAACCUCCAACGACGGUAAAGGCGAUGGACCAAUGUUUAAUCCUAUCCCCAGUACAUUCAAUCCGAAACCCGUCUACCGUGCGGAGACAGAGUUUGAUUUCGACUCCCUGGCAUUGGGUCUCCAUCAAGAGUAUAUUGAGCUCGACUUGUUCAACUGGGGCCUCGUCAAGUUUUCGGAAAAGGACUUUCUAGACUAUGGGCUCACCAGAGACGAGAUCCAUCUCAUUCGCUUCUUUGCCCAACAAGAAAUUGGUCAUGCCGAAAUCAUUUCGAAUAUGCUUGGAGAAAAUGCAGCCAAGCCCUGCAAGUAUCGUUACAACUUUAAUAAUGUGGGGGAAUUCUUCGACUUUUGUCAGCGCGUUACCCGCUACGGGGAGUCUGGAGUAUAUGGUUUUCUCCCUCUACUCGAGAAUAGGGCCGUUGCUCAACUCUUACUUCAAUCCAUUACAACCGAGGCUCGCCAACAAUUUGCAUUCCGUCAGUUCUCUGGUCUCUUCCCUGUUACACAGUGGUUCGAGACGGGUGCGACGCAAGCGAUGCAAUGGACCCUCCUCUCGCAGAACAUCAUCUCUUGUCCGCCUUCCAACUUUCGUAGACCUGUCGUCUUCCCCAUCUUUCCGCGCCUCAACAUUACCAACAAUCCCAACCCCAUCGAUCCCAAUUACAAGCCGGCGAUUGCGAAUAACCGGACGGCCUUGACAGCUCCUGGGAGACGUGUGAAGAUGAACUGGCAGGACCUAGGUGUCCCCGCUGGGCCAUAUAAUCAGGUCACGUCGUCGAACGCAAAAGGUGGCCCAAAGUUUGCUGCGUGGUUGAGCCAGUACAAUGUCACCUACUCGCCCCUGGAGAAUGUUCGAGGCCAAUAUGCCGAGACCGUUCAGCCAGAUGGGUUGAUAUUCAAAGAUCAUGGUGUCGAGGUUAUCAACGGGACAAUCUUCCUCAUGGUGACCGAUACUGAUCUUUACGUCACGCCGGCGAAUCUCUCACUCAUCAACGACCAUAUUGUAGCGGGUCCCGCUCUCUACGUCUCCGGCUAA